UAAUGUAAAAAAGAAAAUAUUAAAGAAUGAUUCUUUAUUCGACAACAACGUGUAGCCUAAGGACACGGAAACAGACGAGGCGUGAAUCCAUGACGCAUAGGGUUGGGUGUUUUACCACCCUUCAAAUAUAACUCUGCUCGGGGGCCAACAUUUUCUAAGUUCAUCAUGGAUAAGGAGACAGACAGCUCCGUCUUAAAAGAAGGUUUCCUUGUGAAGCGGGGACACGUUGUUCACAACUGGAAAGCCCGCUGGUUUGUGCUGUACCCAGACAGUCUCAUUUACUACAAGUACGAUGGAACUAAGAAAGACUCUUCUCAGCGCGGAAAAAUCACUUUGCCUGGCUGCGUUGUCACCUGCCCAUACCUGGAAUACGAGAACAGACCCCUGGUCCUAAGGCUGCAGACUCAGAACUCCGCGGAGUAUUUCCUCGAGGCCUGUUCUCGGGAGGAUCGGGAUGAGUGGGCAGCCAGCAUUAUUUCAGCAGUACAGAAGCUCCGCCCCCCCGAUGGUCAGAGUCAAUCUGCUGUAUCUAAAGGACCCAAGACACUGCAACUCCACAAUAUCAGUUUGAAUCAGGUGGUAGACUCCAUGUAUGACGUUUACAACGGCAUCAAGCUCACCAACCAUGCAGAGCAGGGCAGCUCCUACAGCAACUGCUUUUCAGGGUCAGCUGUAGUAGACUGGCUGCUGUCUAUGCAGUUGGUUCUUACGCGGGUGGAGGCAGUGACUCUCGCAUCGGCACUGUUGGAAGAGGGCUUUGUGCGUCCAGUGGGUUUGAAAAGUGUGGAAGCUGUUCACAGCAGCGGGCUCAACGAGCAGUUCUUGGAUGACUCCACUGCCCUCUACAGUUUUGCUGAAACGUUUAAGAAGAGAGGCAGUGUGAAGGCAGAUACCUCCUUAACCGGCAUGGAAAUGAGUGGUAAAGUGCUGAAAAGGGGCUUCUUGCUUAAACAGGGCCACAAGAGAAAGAACUGGAAAGUGCGUCUCUUUGUGCUUCGUGCAGAACCAGGGUACCUUCACUACUACGACCCUAGUAAGGAUGACAUCAAUCCUGCAGGUGGCUUUUCCCUAAGAGGCUGUCUCGUGUCUGCUCUGGAUGAUAAUGGCAUUCCCUCAGGUGUAAAAGGUAAAGUGCAAGGAAAUCUGUUCAAAAUCAUCACUCAGUCAAACACACGCUACUUCAUCCAGGCUCCAACCAGACAGGAGAAGACGGAAUGGAUAGAAGCCAUUAAGCAACAAACUUAGAAGAAAGCUAAGGGGGACAAGUGAUACUUAAGGUCAAAGGAUACGAAAAGAGUAAAUAAGGUCCGCAGAGUUUUUAAUGUAAUAUAAAACAGGCAUCUCACUGGACACCUUAAACCAGCAUUUUAGCCAGUCUAAAGGACCCGCCUUUCUCUGUUAUGCAAAACUGAUAAGCUUAUUCUCCUUGUUGAGAAAAACACCACACUGAUAAGUUAGACGCUGAAUGAGCGGUGUUAUCAUUAUACAUUCUAUGAAUGUACCAGAACCAAAUUGCUACAAUCUGACAACUGAGAUGUGUUAUUUGGGAUAUAUACCAUAUUUUUUCUGUGAUUAAAAUGUUGGUGUGCAUUUAUACAUUUUUUCCAGUUUUUUAAUAAGUUUUUGGUAUUUUAAACUUAGAACGAGAAUAAUGCUGAUGAGUAUAACAUUUUACAGUAAUUAGUGUUCUAUCCUAAAAUAAAAUUAGACCUACUGAGUUGAGCACCAAAUCCUUUAAAAGUGCUCUUGCUCCUCGUGUAAAAUAGCAAUGAAUUUAUUUCCAAAACUACUUUUUAUCUGAUUGAAAAGAGUAAUUCUCAGUAUAUAUCCUGGCCUUAUUUAUUGCUAAUAACUAUAUAUUUUUUCUUGCCUUUUUAUGUAGAGCUACUACAUUUCUCAAUAACAGUCAGAGUAUUUGUUAGAAGAACAAUAUUGUUAAUGUGUACUAUGUUUUAGACAUUGGGUGGGUUAAACUAUUUUAUUCUUAAAAUGUUUUGUCUGUCAAUAAAAUUUCUAAAAAAUGGA